GGGCGCGCAGGUGAUAUAUGGUGUAAUAAGCUCAGUUAAAUACGGGGGGCCGCAAGUCCAUGCAGGCCCUUAUUGGUUAAAAGAAGCCAAACCCUGAGUCUGGGAGGAAGACGGGGGCCAAAUGGGGCCCAGAGCUUGAUUUGGAGGAAGGAGUUGAAUCAGUACCAGCUUGUGCAUCACAUGUAAAUGUUUCCCAAGCAAUCGCUUCAACACUCACGUGUCUGUUCAGGACUGAAUAAGUAGAAGAGUCGACGCCGAGCUGCUCGACAACGCGUCAACAUAAAAAUAGCAAAUGACAUAAGCGGACAAUAUGUCACUGUGGGGGAACAGACACGCGUCAGUCACAGGAAGGAAACGCCACAUUGCACAUUCUGCUGAGAAAGAAAGCAGCAAAGACAAGAAAAGAGAAGCCGCCGAGGAACAAUGGUUGAAUUCAAGUGGAUUAAAGUGUAUUUGUGUGUGACACUGGUGCUUCGGUUUACAGCGAUAACAGAACAAAAAGAUCAGUCCGUCGUUGUCAGAGCUGGAACUAGAGCGACUUUGCCUUGUGGACUUGAGGAUCCGGAUAACUGUGAGAACACAGACUGGCUCUACGCUAAAUCGCAUCACACCAGUGCAGUAGAGCUGGUCAGAUCUGGCCUGCUCCAGACGUCUGCGAGUUCCAAAUCCAGACCAGAGAGGAUGCGUGUUACAGCAAACUGUUCUCUGGUUGUAAAGGAGGUCACAGCUCAGGAUGCUGGUCAAUACUGCUGCAGACAGGAUGAAGACGGGAGAAUGAAAGAUGCUUUGGUUCAUUUGUCUGUCGUCAACAUGACUGAACAGAGGAGCACUGAUGGAGUGACACUCACCUGCUCAGUGUGGGCGUAUGGAGAGAGCAGAUGCACAGUGAAGUGGCUCUUAAAGGGCGGAGACGUGGAUGAAGACAACGGCGACCUGAAGACGUCACAGUCUGGCAGCUCAGCCACCGUGAGCUUUAAAAGCUCUCAUUUCAUUAACAAGUCAGAAAACUACGAGCCACUGACAUGUCAAGUGACGUAUGGUUUCACUGAGAAACGGUUUCUCUUCAGGCCUCGGUCAUCAGCACUUGGAGACAACGAGACGACAACAGAGUCAGAAGAUUGGUGGUGGUGGUGGUGGUGGUGGAUGCGCAUCGUUCUGGCUGUGGGCUUAGCAGCAGUCGUAAUAACUGUGGAGGCUGUACUCAGGUGGAAGAGAAGUAAAGAUGGGAACAUUCACAGAUGAAAGAAAAGGUUGCAAAUAUGUUACUACGUUGCAAAGUAACAUAUUCAUGUUGUUCGCGUCCCGGUUCGAACCAACCAGGGCCUUUCUGUGCAGAGGUUGCAUGUUCCCUCCGUGUAUACAUGGGUUCGAGAUAUAUCAUUACAAAAAUAAUUCAGUUCAAUAACUCAACUCUGCCAAAGAUUAAUUCUGACUGGGCAGCACUCACAGUUUGGGUGUUAACUGCUGAAUGUGUGGGAAUGGGACCACAGAAGAGGAACACGAGGCCCAAAUCUUGAAAUUGACCCGUGCUGUCUUUUUUAUUUUUACUUUGUUGUUUUAUUUCUCAGGUUUAGGAUGAUGACGAUGAUGAUGUUGAUGAAGAUGAUGAUGAUUAUGAUGAUGACGAUGAUGAAGGUGAUGCAGUGACCUACAGCGCAGUGAGAGAUUCCUCUUCCUCGGCCGGAGCCUCCUCACAUCCCAGCAGCCUCUAGGCUUCCGUCAGCGAACCCCCCCAAAAAAACAGGACACAAUAUAGUUACGUGUCAUAUCAUUACAUUGGUUUUUAAAUCUGAUGAAAAAUAAGAAAACCAAGUCAGUUUUUAUUUGCCUUCUCUGUCACACUGUAUUAACUGAUGUCUUUUAUAUAUAACGUUUAUGCUUUUACUAGUCAUUUUUAUAGAUAUUGAUGCAUAAAGGGAAAUAAAAAAAACUUGAAGCUC